CUCCACUCUUGUGUCUCAGAUAUGAAGUAUUUAAGGUAGCUCAGGUUUUUCUAUCAUCCAGAUAACCCAAACAAUACGCCUGGGCUCCGUACAACCAAAUUCCUUGGGUCAUCUCUCACAGGGUUAAUCUGGACCUACGCCUUCAAAACGCCAUCACAAAAAACGUCAUCACAACUUCAAAUUCACGCGUGUUGUUCGCUGGACAUAACAACACGGUCCUACGCUUUUGGGCUACUCAUGCUGGACAGGAGGAGCAGUUUUCGAAUUAGUUCCAGCUGAGCUAUGCGCAUUUUUCAAUACGUUGGGAAAGCGCGGACAUUUCUCACUUUUGUCAUAUUCACGUUGCAAACGCCACAAUGCGAUUCACAUAUCACGCAAGAUCAUCAAACGGAGAUUGCCAUGGCUGCAACAGCCCGUCUAAAUGACCAAUUGCAAAAUUUGGUCGCGGCUUAUGAGGGCAUCGUACAGGGUUUCACAGGCAGGAGGGAGAAGGAUGAAAGGAGGGAGGAAGACGAAAGUAGCUUGAGAAAUGCAAGAGGUGGUUGGAUCGCGGCAUUACGCGCAAGGGAGUUUAUCCAACAACCGAAGGAGUGGGAUCUAGCAAAGAGAAUGGACCUGGCAAAACUGGAGAAGCGAGAUGGUAUGGAUGAUGUUCGAUCAAUUGGACGGACACGAUUCACAGGACGUACAUUUGCGAUGUGAAAACUGAAGUUCGCCUCUAGGUACUUGUAACUGGGGUGUCAG